GCGAAAUUAAGCUGUAACUGAAAACCACCUACCCUCCUGUUCUCCCUCGCUGCCUUAAUUUCGUUUCAUGUUGGAGCCAAAAUUCUACCCGCCCGCUUAACUGUUUUACUAUUUUUGUUUAUCUAAUAUCCAUCCAUGGCGGUUCUCAUAUCUUAACAAAUCAAUUUUAGUUUAUAUAAUCAGGAUUCGGAGUUUCUUUUUUCCCCCCAAACACCUACGCCUACGCCCUGUCGUGCUCUCAUCAAUUCGAUCGGCGUCUGCCUUUCACAUUCGUGUAGCUUUUGAUUUUCUAGAGUCCCCGUUUUUCGUAAAAUGGCUAGCCGAGGAAAAGGCAACCUCUCAUCAGGGAAGAAGAGAAGUUCUGAGAAUUUCUCUCAUCAGUCUGUAAAGAAACAGAGGGUGGUAUUUGGCGAUAUUCAAAAUGUUUUGCCUUCACUAUUUGGAGAGAAGGAUCCAUUUCAUUUAGUAGACGAGCUGCAGGAAUAUAAGCCUAAAAGUUACUUGGAAAAAGUUGUGGAGAAAGUCGCUGAAGCGGAAGAGUAUUCUGCUUCCGAAGAUGUUUACCAUUCUGAUGUAUAUGAAUAUCUUCGUACCAUGGAAAAAGAGGCUAAGAGAAGACCGUCUCCAAAUUACUUCGAGACAAUCCAGAAAGAAACGACGCCUAAUAUGAGAGAAACUUUGGUGGAUUGGCUUGUAGAGGUUGCAGAGGAGUACGAUCUUCACCCAGAGACACUGUAUUCGGCAGUUUCUCAUAUUGACAGAUACUUAUCAGUGAAUUCUAUCGACAAGAGAAGGCUUCAGCUGCUUGGAAUUGCAUCAAUGCUGAUUGCUGCGAAAUACGAGGAGAUUGAUGCACCGGAAAUAGAAGAAUUCUGUGAUACAGCAGACAACUUGUAUAAUUUGCAAGAUUUGGUGGAGAUGGAAGCAGAUGUGCUCAAAACCCUUAGGUUUGAGGUUGGAAACCCCACAAUCAAGACGUUUCUUGGAAAGUUCACUAAAAUUGCUCAACAAGAUUAUGGGAUAUGCAGUCUUCAGUUGGAUCACUUGGGAUGCUAUUUAUCAGAGCUAAGUUUGCUGGAAUAUGGCUGUCUAAAAUUCUUGCCUUCCAUGGUGGCAGCAUCUGCCAUUUUUCUUGCAAGAUUUACCCUGCAAUCAAACCUGCAUCCUUGGACUAAGGAUCUACAGGAAGUCACAGGAUAUAAAUCUUCUGAUCUGAAAGAAUGUGUGAGCAUUCUUCAUGACUUGCAAUUGAGCAAAAGAGGGAGUGAUUUGGUUGGUGUAAGGGAGAAAUACAAGCAACUGAAGUUCAAAUGCAUGUCCACACUUCUGUCACCUUGCAAAAUACCAGCAUCCUUUUUCAAAGACAAAUGAAGAUCGAGUGGAGUCUAGUAGGAUCAUUUUAGGAUUGAUUAAUUGAUUAGUUGAUUAUUUUGAAUAUAAGCAAACCUUU